AUGGGUGUACCCACUAUCUGGGCCAUUGGUUCCGAUGGAAAGAUGUUGUCGUCUCUGACUGAUCCAGAUCUGGUGUUUGCUCAGUUGCUAGACACGUCAUGGUCUGUUCCUGGUUUAUUGGACAUUGUGGCACAGGCAGCCAAUCCACCGUACAAUUCACUCAUCGAUACAGGAGCACUGAUUACGGGCUUGUCUAAUCUGGAGGUAGCGCGGUAUCUGCUGAUGCAUGGCUUAGCUCAUUGUAAAGGGGUGGUGUUCUUGGAUGAUAUGGAUCGCAAGAUGAUUCUCAUCCGCAGCUCAAUGAAGGUGGUACCCCUCAAUCACUCCGGUAUAGAGGAGAAUAAACGCUUCGCAUUCUACGAUCAGGUGCAUACGACAGGUAUGGAUAUACCACAUAAGCCUAAUGCCGUGGCUGCGUUGACUUUGGGCAAAGACAUGACAUUCCGUGACUUUGCUCAGGGUGCUUACCGUAUGAGAGGAUUUGGCAUUGGACAAACUGUACACCUGUUCUUGAUCCCCGUCAUACGGAAACUCAUCUCCAAGCACUGCGCUAAGGCAGGCAUGCACAUGCCCACACAGAUCAACACCACAGUCGCGGCGGAUCGGAAACAAAUGUUGCUGGCGGUCAGUGCGUGGCUGAUAGUCAACAGUAUGAACUCUGAGCGUGUGCAGGCCAAUAUGUUAACCAUCCAGAAUGUCACCAAUGUGUGGCGCAAGCAAUGCUUCCAGUACCUACUGGAUAGGCACACGGACUUUGGCAAGGCGACGGCACAGCCUGAAUAA